AUGCAUACUACAACAAUUGGCCUUUGGGCUUUGGCUGCGGGGGUCGUUUCUGCUAAGACUUGUUUUAAUGCCACUGUGGAGGUUGAUAUCUCAGCCCGCAAUGGUGUCUUCGACAAUAUUAAGACACCCGAGACGAACUUGGAUGCUACGACCUUUGCUCUCGCUUCAACUAAGACAAGUGUCAACAUUACUGAGCAAGCUUUGUCUGGCUAUGCUACUGUAGGUGGUCUUUAUAACAUUUCGACUCAAUACUGUGUGCCAAAGAACUCAGAAGGUAGUGGUCACACCUUCCAGGUCCUGACACAUGGAAUGGGCUUUGACAAAUCCUAUUGGGACUUGCCCUACCACAACUUCAACUACUCCUACGUGGACUAUGCCCUGUCCCGAGGUUAUCACACCUUCUCCUAUGACCGUCUUGGUAUCGGCAAAUCCACCCACGGCGAUGCAAAGAACGAGAUCCAGUCAUUCCUCGAAAUCGAGGCCUUGGCUGAGUUGACCCGCAAGUUGCGCGACGGAAGCAUUUCCGGUAUUAAGAAGCCCUCUAAGGUUGUCCACGUUGGACACUCUUUCGGCUCUGCCCAGACCGUUGCCCUAUCAGCGAUGUACCCUGACCUUUCGGAUGGUCUCGUCCUCACUGGAUUCUCCGCGAGUAUUGCUUCUAUGCCUGUCUUCAUCUCCGGCGCCAACUUCCAGCAGGCCAGCCUCAAUCACCCAUCUGGAUGUCCCGCCACUCCUCGCCCUAGCUACAGCAGCGGAUACUUGGUCAACUCAGACAUCGGCACCAAUCAGUUUCUCUUCUUUUACCCUGGAAACUUCGAUGAGGGCAUUCUUUCCUACGCCGAACACAACAAGCAGCCCAUGACUGUUGGUGAACUCAUGACCAUGACUGGAUUGCCUUCUUCGAGCGCUUUCACUGGUCCUGUCUAUGUGAUUGAUGGCGAAAAUGACAUCGCAUUCUGUGGAGGCGAUUGCUCCUACACCACCGACUCCACUGCUUCUAUCCCUGCUGGUGUCAAGGCUGUCUUCCCCAAGGCUAGCGCUUUCGCUGCCUACAUCCACCCCCGCACUGGACAUGGCAUUAACCUGCACUACAACUCCACUGCUGCCUAUAAGCAGAUUAAUGACUUCUUGGGAGCUCAGGGUCUAAUGAGCAUCAAUGAUCACGAGGCUCGUCACCACCACGAUUUUUAA